AAGAGUUCUCUUUUUUUUUUUUUUCCCCCUCAAUGCAUGUAGGGUCUUUAAAAAAGUGACAUAAUUAUCAAGGCUACUUGACAUUUUCCCAAUGGGUAAACAACAAAAUCACACCUUCUCUCUGUGGAGCUGUCUCAGACUGGGACCACAAGAAGGUUAUAGCCAGUUAUUCACUGGUGAUCUUAUUCAUUUUUGGCUGCAAGCUUAAUGGCAGCUGCACCUGACCUCUGCAUAGCCAUACAAGAGAGUGUGUGGAGCAAUUUCAAGCUAAUUCCCACAUUGCUCACAGGCCUUAGAAAUGCUUCAGAAGGUGAGUUAUGCUCUGCAAUAAUGAAUAAUGCAACGUUGCUUAUUCAGACCUCAAACCAACGUUUGGCUUCGGGUGGAAAAUCGCAGUGGGCACCGUCUUAGCCUUUUUUAUCCUGUAGGGUAUGAUGUCAGCCAUGCUCAUUUUGACAGCUCACAGUUUGAAUCUCGGAAACAAAAGUUAAGUCAAGCAAGUUACUGUGCCUGUGACUAACGUUUUCUCUCUUUUUUUCAUGUCGCACUUCAGUGAAUUUUCUCCCCCUUCUGUAGGAAUUAGAAUCCAGGGAUGGCGCGCAGGUUGGUGUGGUUUGUGCUGCAGAUCUGGUUAUUUAAACUCCGCAGCGGAGAGCAGCACGGAGGCACUUGUCAUGUUAACCCAGAAAGAUCAGGGGUCUUGUGCAUCAGGGCCCAUGAGCCUGUGCAUAGUGGAAAGGCUCCAGUGACUGUGGACAGCUGGUCUAAAGCAGAACACUGUAACCUGAGCAGCUCGGGAGGGGUGGUAGGUCAGCCGCGCCCCAAAGCUUACAUGCUGUUAUCUCGCGGAGAUAGUGAGGUUCUCUGCUGCCAGCUCCUGCUCUGGAAGCCUGGGUUCUGUCUCGCUGAAAGCUGAAGCGCCAGUCGAGAAGCGGCGCCGUUCUAAUCCUUCUUACAUCUUGGAAAAUGCAGGUGGAGGGUGCACAGGUGGAGAGAACGCAGGCAGUAAGCUGUAGUACAGUGCAGGAAUGGGCACCCGAGGUCAGUAUUGGAGCUGAUGAGGAGCAGGUGGCAGUGGCAGCCAGUGGGGCUCAGACGGACACGUCGCAGGAGAAGCUUCCCAUGAAGAGCGACCUGUUUGAUGCGGACUCGGAGAGCGAGGCAGACAGGAAGGAAUCCCCUUCAAGGAAGGUGAAGAAGAAAAAGAAGGUGAAGGAAGGAUACAGUGCCGCAGACGGUCAGAGGAAAGACAAGGAGAAGAAGAGCAGGUCCGAUCAAGCGGCUGGGCCCGAGGGUAAGGACUCCGAGGAGGGAGACAGCGAAUCGGCAGCCUCCGUGGCCGACGCUGGGAAGCCAUCAAAGGCCAAGAAGAGAGCUGUGGAGCCGGCGGAGGAGCUGAAGGCCAACAAGAGGCAGAAGAAAGAAGAAUCCAAAGGUCCAAAGCACAGGAAGGUCCCCGGCAAGAGCAAGAAGAAGCAUAAGGGCUCCAAGGAGCACAGGAGUGACGCGGAGAAGCAGCCGGACUCCGCGGAGGACUCCCCUCGGGAAGACGCUGCCGAGCCCCAGGCCGAGCCGAUGAGCGUGCCGACUGAAGGAAGCGGCGCAGAAAGCGUCGCGCCCAGCUCCUCGGAGAAGACCCCUCUCCCGACUCAAGGCGACGCGGACCCCUGCUCCGAGCAGGGACCCCCAGAGCAGAAAGCCGCCUGCAAGAAAACCAAGGUGCAGCAGCCGGGGGAGACUAAAGUGAAAGCCCUGCUAGUGAAGGAGCCCGCGCAGGAGAAGAGGAGUGGGAGGCCGGAGGGCCAGCUACAGAGGAAGGAGAGUACCCACGCCAAGCUCAAGAAUCUGCUUCUGGCCAACAGGCCACCGGACUCGGCGGCCAAGGCUCACAAAGCCCCGAAGAGCGCGGCGGAGGACGAGCCGGGGUUCCUCUCCUCGGACUCCAACGAGGGGGGCAGCUCGGUGAAGAAGAAAGGCAAAGGCAAAGCCCGGGACGCCUCGCCCAGGGCCCCCAGCAGGGCCAAGCAGGACGAGGCCAAGCUGGAUCCUCCCUCGGGCUCGGGGGCCGCGGGGAAGGGGAGAGACGCCGGCAAGCCCGCGAGGCCCGAGGAGCCGAUGGAGUCCCCCAACCUGUUCGAGAAGUUUCUGUUGACGUGCGAGGCGAAGGACAGGAUGCCCAGGAGGCCGAGUAGCCACACGCCCAGCUCCGCCGUGGAAGACAAAGCGGACCAAACGAAGAUUUCCCCCAAGCCCCCAGGUAAGCCAGAGAAGAAGAUGAAGCCUGUGAAGGAAGUCCCUGUUCAGAGACCAGAGCCAGAGAAGGUGGAGAAGACCAGGAAAGAGUCCAAGAUUGUAGAGUGCGCCCCAGCAGUGCGAGACAGCUUCGACGUGGAUCAGAGCACCUCGGGCGAGGCGGAGGAGCGGCCCGACCGGGCGGACGAGCCUCCGGAGCCGUGGGAGAAGAGGCCGGAGGACCGCAAGGAGCGGGCGGGCGACGCGCGGGACCGCUGGGAGAGGAGGCCGGAGGCGGUGGCGUCCCCGGAGCCGGGGGACGAGGUGGUGGGCAGGUGGAGCUCCGGCGUCCAGAGGGAGCGCAGAAGGAGGCGGGAGGACAGCGAGCCUCGGCUCUACAUCGCCUGCGACGAGAGCCACGACGCGCAGGACCCCCUCGCUCACGCGGACAAGGGCCCAGACAGAGGUCAGCCUGUUCUAAAUCUGGGUAUGGACCUUAAACUUGACUGGAUGACCGUGGAAGACUUCCAGAAACAUCUGAAUGGGCAAGAUGACAUCCUCUCGGCUGCGACUAUAUCAUCCAGUGAACUUCGGGAGUCCGUGAAAAGUGGAGAUUACUUGACCGUGAAACUUGCCCUGAAUUCUAAAGAGGAUUAUAAUUUGGAUCAGGAGGACUCCAGCGGCAUGUCCCUGGCGAUGCUGGCCGCUGCGGGGGGACAGGACGACAUCCUGCGGCUGCUCAUCACGAAGGGCGUGAAGCUGAACGCCCGGCAGAAGGCCGGCACCACUGCGCUCAUGCACGCGGCCGAGAAGAAUUUUUUGCCGACGGUGGCGAUUCUUCUGGAGGCUGGGGCCUACGUCAAUGCGCAGCAGUCCAGCGGGGAGACCGCUCUCAUGAAGGCAUGCAGGAAAGGGAAUGCUGAGAUUGUGCGUCUCCUUCUGGAGUAUGGGGCCGACUGCAACAUCCUGUCCAAACACCAGAACAGCGCGCUGCAUUUCGCCAAGCUCAGCAAUAACGUCCUGGUGUACGACUUGAUCAAGUCCCACAUGGACACGCUGUCGAGUGUGGCGGAGGACACCAUCCGGGAUUACUUCGAGACCCGCCUGGCUCUGCUGGAGCCCGUGUUCCCCUUAGCCUGCCACAGACUCUGUGAGGGGCCGGACUUUUCCCUGGAGUUCAACUACAAAUCCCACAGUCCAACUGAAGGGUCUGGGAUUCUCCUGUUCAUAUUCCACGCAAAUUUCUUUGGUGGCAACGAGAUCACAGCGAGGCUGUGUGGGCCCUGUAGUGUACAAGCAGUGGUUCUCAAUGAUAAGUUCCAGCUGCCUGUAUUUCUGGACAGCCAUUUCAUUUACUCCUUCAGCCCUGUGCAAGGAAUGAAUAAACUCUUUAUAAGGCUGUGUGAAGCUCCAACAGCAAAGGUUAAGCUUUUAAUUAGCGCAUAUAGAGUGCAGCUGCAGUAAGGAAGAGAAAGCUCCAUGUUUGCUCUAUGGAAGAACCGGACCUCCACCGGCUGCUGACUGCGAAGAGAGGGGGGGACAUUUCCACACCCCGGGUGUCUGAAGGCUCGGAGCCAGCGGUUUGCUUCUCCGAAGAUGAGAUUAAAGUAACAGGAAAUGCAUGGGGAGGGUUAAUUUAAUUUCCAAGGCCAGUAGAGCGCUCUUCCCGAAUGUUAACAGCUUUCAGGAGACGGGCUGUGAUCUGGCGAUGUGGGUCCAGCGCUGGUGCCAGCUCUGUACAUAGGUUUGGUCUGAGGGGUCUGGAGUGUCUCGAGGGGCUCGGGGAGCUUGUCGGGAGUGGGUCAGCAGUGGGGUCUCGUGCGCGGGCGUGGGCGAGGCAAGGGCGGGGGGUGUUCUGCACCGACAGCCCGCGGGGGGCUUCCGAUCCCUGAAUCAUUCGUUUCCGGACCAAGCUGUUAAUCCGCCCCACGCCAUUUUACAACAAAUAUUUUCUCUGCAGAGAGACCUUCUGGGUUUUGCCUUUUAUGGAUGUUUAUUUAUUUUUUGUUCCUCAUUCAGCAAGUGCAUUGAUAGAGGCGGGGGGGUGGGGGGUGGAGAGCUGCCUCAAGGGCCACAGCUCGCUCUCCAGACAGGGGAAUGGGCGAGGAGGCGCGUCCUUCAUAUAACCAUUUCUUUGGGGCGAAAUGUUUUACAAGAGCAGCAUGACCAAGCAAGAUUUAAUCCUGUGUCCAGGGGUCUGUGUAAGGUGACCUGAAGGUCCCAGUUUGUUCAGGAGCUCGUUGGGUUAAAGAGUAACGAUUCUCCAGGCAGAAGUGAUUGACCUGUUGGUUAAAAUGCAGUAUGAAGCUGCCGUCUUCUAUUACGAUUACAGUUUAAUUGAACAGGUGUUGUUACAGCUGCAGCCUCUCUCUAUGGCUGUUAUUCACAAAACCUUAGACCUUAAGAGUCCAAGUUGUAGCUUCCUGGGGGAUUAGUUGAAAUCUUUCAGUAAAUUACUAUAAUAUUUAUUUCCCAUGUUUCUAUGGAUGGAAGUGUUUUCCUAAUUUUACAUUUGAGGUUGUCAUCCUAAUGUGGGGGAAGUAUGCUUCCCCAAGAGCUUUUUUGUUUAAAUUGCACUGUGAGCAGAAUUGAUCAUUUAUCGCCAAAUUACCAUUAAAAUCCCUGCGGAAGCUAUGUCCUACAAACUUCAGUGUCAUUUUUAUGCAGUACCCAGGUCUAAAGAUCUGUUGCACAUUUAUCUGCAAUACUUUUGUUUGCAGAACAAAAACUUGUAAACAUGCGGUUCAGCCCGUCUGGCGGGCGAUUAAUCCAAAGCUCUAACCCUGCCUUCUCGUCAGACGGCCGCACCAGCAGGGCAUGCUGGGGGCUUGUUCCAGGCUGCGUGACCAUUUGUGUGACAGUUGAGAGCAGUGGGGGAUUCGCGUUUCUCUCUCUGAAGAGAUCAAGGUACUUGCAAAGCAGGAUCUUUGUUUUUGUGUUUUGUGCCCAACUGGGCUAUACGUGUUCUAGUAAGAGGUAAUUAUGUGCAUUUUUAUUUGAACGGUUAAGUCUGGUCUUGCCUAACUUUUAUAAAAUCAGCACAAUAACUUUUUGCAUCUGUCUGAAUUGGAGUUAAAUUAAAGCAGCGCUAGACCAUUUUAAACUCGCAUGCUUGUCUGUUGAAUGCUCUCUGGACAAUUGUACAAAAAAUAAAAAAAUCGUGUUGAGAUCGAAGGGUGGCAUUUUCCACAGGCUUGGAAGCCGUUCUGUUUUAACAUUUAUUCCUAGAUGUUCAGUUAGUCUCUUUUGUCCCUGAAUACUAUGUUGUAAAAUGUCUGCAUUGCAGACCCCUUUUUGCAGCUAUUUUAAAGCUUCUGGGUCUGACUUGCAGACGUCAUUGUGGCCCAGUUCAUACCCGACAGGAAAGCAAGCAUUUCUGCAUAGUCCAGAUUGAAUACAGAAUGUUUAGGUAGAGCAUCCGUCUUGGAAAACAGAACAUGAUCAUUAAACUAAUGAUUUGUAA